CAAUGCGCUCCCUAGCCCUGCCGCCGCUGCUACAACCCCCCUCCCCAUUAUAUACUGCAACUGGGGGCUUCGUGACUCGGCGUUAGGGGGGAUCGCACACAUUUCCGAUUAGAGAGAGAGGGAGAGAGAGAGGAGGGGAGGGGAGCGAGAUUAUACCAUUUCGUACCAACCAAUGAGACGCUCGAUACGCUAAAACAUUUUCAGAGUUGCACGGAGUGAACAGAGCCCUGCAAAGUUCAGGUGAAACUGCUACAAGCUCUGGUUGGUAGGUUCCCCUCCCUCUCUUCUCUGGGCCGCUCCUCAGGUUUGAUGCACAGACAUUGUGAAGGACUUGAUCAGGCAUGAGUAACAGUGGGACCAAAGAGCCCUCUCCGGAGCCCAGCCCUGUCCCAACUGCCCCAGAAGAACCCCAACGCAGGGGCAGGGGGCGGCCUCGCAAGCAGCAGCAGGAGCCUGUUGGACCACCGACUCCAAAGAGGCCGAGGGGAAGGCCCAAAGGCAGCAAGAACAAAGGGCCCCGAACUGCACAGAAGAAAGUAGAGCCUGCUGGGGAGCGAAGACCUCGAGGACGACCAAGAAAAUGGCCACAAAAGGUUGUUCAAGAAGCAGCAGAGGAGCAGCAGGAGGAGGAAUCUGAAGAGGGUCCAUCGCAGUUCGAGUCUGCGUCAUCUCAGGAUCCAGAGGAAGGGCAGUAGACAGUUCUACCUCAAGGUUUGGCCUCAAGCAAAGGGGGGACAUUGGACCCCCUUGUGUGGCGAGGAUUCAGGAACACACACACAAAGACGAAUAUCAUGGUUUCUUUACACUUAAAAACUCAAACUGAAACAUUUUGGAUGUCAGUCGCCCUGUAUGUAUGCUAAAGGGGGACAGGGAGAAGGGUGGGAGCUGGGGCUAACAAUUGGAGGAGGGUGCAGGGGAAAAAGGAACCAAACAUUUAUUUUGUUUUAUUUUGAAGUGUCACAAACCCUUGAUUAAAAUGGGAGCAAGACACGGACAUCUGUAUCAAUGCUACAAUUUAAACAUGGUGCGCUGAAGUCUUUCUAUUGUCAGCCUAUGUGAGAGGUUUGGUUUCUUGUGUCAUGGAUUAACGGCGAUUGCUAUGAAAUCUUAAGACAAUAUUUUUAAUAGUUUAAUAGUAGAGUCCCUAUAAAUAAUAUAGCCUUAUAUAUGGAAUACAUUCUGCAAAGAAUAGUUUUGUAUCCUUGAAUAGUAGAUUAAAAAGUGAUAUUUUUGCCUACAAAGUAUAAUAAUAGUAGUAAUAAUAUAUACUGUAUCUUCAUAUUUUUAUACUUGAAUGCAGAUUUUGUCUGAUCAUUAUUGACAUGUACUCCCUUAAAGCAGACCUAUUAUGCAAAAUCAGCUCUUUAGAGCUUUUAACCAUGUUGUUGUUGUUUCCCCUCACCAUUUACUUACCCAAAUUUGUAUUUGUUGUUUGAGUUUUGUUUUGUUGAGUUAUGUUUAAUCACUUAUUUUCAAGAUAUUGCUGAUCAAUCCCCCCUCUCAUGUCCACUGGCAUAUGCCCGCUGCUCUGUACCCUCUUCGUUCUCCAAUUUUAUUUUCUUAAUUGGUAAUAUGCAUAGGAUUCAGCAGCGUUGCCUAGUCAUUUUGGUACAAAUGAAAGAAAAUGAGCUGCUCACUAGUGUUAUCUGCAGCUAUCCAUAGAAGAUGUCAACUCUUUGUUGUGAUGAUUUUUACAGUGACAUAAGCUCCCAUUCAGCAUCGCAGUUUUCUAGCUUGGAAGUCAGCGAGCUUGUUUGUUUUAUUAAGUUGUUUUAGAUCAAUAUUGUUUAUUAUUUAACAAUAUGAAACAUAUUAUUAAAAAUGGGUGUCAUAGAUUAAGCUAUAUAGCAGACACAAGCACAAUAGGUCUUCUUUAAUUGACCAUAAUCUGCUAUACCAGCUAGUAGAUGUUUGUUCCUGGAUCAUGGGGUCUCUUAAGUUAAAACUAAAAUAUUACAAGAUUAAGUGUAAGAUUACUAUAUUUAACAUGUACUUGAUAAAGUGAUCUAUAGUUUCAGACCAUUUCAAGCUGCCAUUAAAAAAAAAAAGUGGUUAUGGAAGUUAAAGGUGCUCUAUGUAACUUUCCUCGUGGAAGCUUCAUCACCUGCUUGUCCCCUUAGAGAUUUUAAUACUUUGUUUGAUGUUCCAUGGCAUGGUGUUAAACAUAUCCAUCUCCAUGGAAACAAGCAGGUGGCACAUGUAACAAGUUACAGAUCAGAUUUAUUUUUUAAUUUUUUAUUUUUUGCAAGAAUACAUCUGCAUUUGAAUAAAUGCAGCAAUUAAUGCCAUUCUGUGGAACAUUCCAGGCAAAGCAAUGACAUCUCCAUAGAGACAAGCGAGUGGUGGAAGUUCUAAGUUAUGUGGUGUACCUUUAAACUUACAAUACAAAGGGAUAUUGGCACAGUAAAUAUAUAUUUUAAGUCUUGUUUUUUUUGUAUAUUUUAUCUUAUUUUGAAAUCAAACCUCUCACAUUUGCUUUGUCAACAUUUGGAGUUGACCUGUCAUUUUACCACACUCAGGAUUGUGCUCUUACCGUGCUUUCUUCCACCCCAAUUUGAAACCAUUUUUGAAAUAUUGAAAACCUCAGGUACAGAAUAUUCAGGAACAUGUUGCCAGUCUACUCAGUCGUGAUGAUUGUUCUGAUGUUGUGUUUGACCAGAUUUGCCUCGACACAAUGACCUCACAUGAACCUCAGUCUCAUCAGUCAUUCUACCUCACUGUACCUCACACAGACUCCCAUACAGCAUCUGUCCUGAACACAUGUACUCAGAGAAAAGGCUGCAGAUCAAUACUAUACAUCCACUGGACAUAUUAUUAGGUACACUGCUCUGAUGAUUGUGAAUGGAAAUAUUUCAGUCGUGAUAGCAACUCAGUGGGGCAUUUACAUGUUUUGAAGCCAGGUCUUAUAAUGAAGUAUUAGACUUGUUUGUUUAGUUGUUUCCUCAUGCUGGGUCAUCUAAGACAUACGCUUUUACAAUACUUUCUUAAGAUGUAUAGUCUGGAGCCCGAUCCUGUCUUGUGUUGAUUUCUAAUGGCCAUGAUUGAAAGGUGGAGUUAAAAAAAAGAAAGAUAUAAAACUAAUACAGAGAACUGAAAAACACUCUUACUAAACUCUGUAAAUCUGAGGUAAAAUAAGUUAUAUAGUACUUAUUUCUGAAUGAUACAAGGAUAUUUGAGAGAUGUGUUCUGCUUCUGUGAUUGGUACAGACCCUGUUGCAUUCAAACAUAAAGGAGAAGGGAGGCUAGGAGAUUGUUGCCUGUUUCACUUAAUGCAAUGGAGGCCUUUACCAAUGUUGUCUGUGCCAAUGGGGCCAACCUGCUGGAAAAGUAGAAGGGUGCAGUGUGGUCUUUGGGGGCCCAUCUCCAGAUCUUGAACUACGAUCAAGAGCAGGCCUACCUCAUUAGGGCCCACUGCACAUUAGGCACAUUUAUUGCUAAAGGGAAAGCCAAAGUGCCCACAGUGUCCACAACGUUCCUCAAACUUUUUUCUGACUUAUGACGCAUGUUUGUCUUGACUGCGCACCUAAAUGCCCUGAGUUGCUGUCACAUGUUUUUUUUUUUUUUUUUUUCAAAUAUUUGCAUGAUCAAUAUAAUGUUCUCAACAGACAUACCUAAUAAUAUGGCCAGUAGUGUACACACAACCAAGACAUUACACUCCUUGGGGGAAUUGCAGCCAAUGGUUUACAAUGCCUUAAUGAAAUACAAUAUGUUUUAUUUAGGGUGUAGUAGUUCUCUAUGUUUAUUUUGGGUCUGUUACUUUUAUUUUUCUCAUUACUGCUUCAUGUAUUCUUUGAUUACUACACUGUAAAGGUUACGCAGUUCAUGUGAUUGAAAAGCCAGCCGAUAUCAACACAGUGCUGAAAUACAUGACAGUAAAUCACAAAUGUUAUUAGAUUCCAGCUUACCUGCUUAUCAUAUCAUAGUGUAUUAUCUGUGCAUUGGUAACACUUUAUAGUAACUACACUUUAAAAAGCUCAUAAACCAUGAAAAAGAGACUGAGGAAUGAUUCAGGCUUAUUAAAUACUUAAUUAAUACCUUAAGUCCUAACCUUAAGCCCUUAAGAAGUUACUAAACCUGAAUCAUUUGUAAUAAACUACUUGCUCAUUAUGAAUUUAUUUGCUCAUGUUUUAUUAAGGCUAAUUAAGGUGCAGUUAUUAUAAAGUGGUCCUGCCCAUUUUAUUAUUCCUUUUCUAUUAUGUUAGAAAAACAGUUCAGUCCUAGGAUAUCUAAUCGUUAUCAUAAAUCACCCUUCGAAAUAGAUCUUAUCAAUAACCUGCUUAGGUAGUUGUUUCUAUUAAGUUGGUUUGUCUACAGCUCUUGUCAACAUUGAAUUGAUAAGGGUGGCAAUUCAAGAAUAGCUAGAAAAACAAAUGAAUAAUAGAAAUAGCUACCUGCAGUGACUUGAAUAAUACUACAAACAAUCUAUGUAUACUUUUAACAAGCUGAACUUUUAAUGAGCUGAACUGGUAAGCUGAAUUUUUGCUCAAAAUUUCUUUUUAAUUCUCCCAUGUAUGUUUCACCAGAUGCCCUACCAGACACACCCUCCGUUUAUCCAGGCUUGGCGUUGGCACAAAGCAUACUCAAUCUGGCACAGUUAUGUUUCCGAAAAUAUAUUUCAGCAUUCUUGUUGUGGCAAAUUGAUCUAGUCUUGCUUUUUAAAAACUAAAUAAUUGUGCAUUUCACUCAAUUUACUUAUAAACUCACCAAUAAUUGUUUUUUACCUCUUGACAAUUUGCAAAAUGUAAUGAAUUGAAAAUGUUUUUAUAACCAGGGAAUUUUACCUCUUAUCACUAUUGUACUGGGCUCACAAUAAUGUUUUUAGUUAUAUCCGACUCAUGUAUUUCAGCAUUGUCCCAUUUUAUCAUUUGGUUGCUGGAUGGACGAGCACUCACGCAGGGUUGUUUUCUUGUUCAAACUGCAUUGACGUAUUUUUACAUUGCCCUCUGGACUACCUCUGCAAAAAAGCAAACACGCCUGGAUCACUACACAAAAAUGAUCCAGUUUUGACAUGAAAUAAUGCAAAAAACAUGUACAACAAACCUCACAAUACUGUAAUAUUUUAAUACACGUAGUCCAGUCAUCUCAUCUCGCUGCAGUGAAGUCGCUUGAAGGCAAAUCUUAAUUUAAAACUACAGCUAUCAGUCAGUGUUUAUUAUUUUACAUAAUGUGUGGUGCAUAUUUACUCUUGUUUUUGGGGACAAUUUUAAUGUUCUGUGAUUUUUAAAACUGAUAGUGAUGUAGUGACAUAAAGCAUACUUGAUCCAGUUUCAACUCUUGAAUGAAAACAAAGUUGAAAAAGAAAAACUUGUAACUUGAGAAAUCAUCUUUUAUGCCUUACUCUUAACCGCGCGUAUUUUAGUACUAUAUAUGUUAUUGAUAUGUCCUCAUCCACUUACAACUCACCAACCUGUGAUAUAUAUUUUGUUAUACUUCGUAAUAACCAUGUGAUUUGUGUUAUUCUGCUUCUUUUAUUGCUCAUCAAUAAAAUAUCACACUUAUUGAA